GAGCGCGCACGCGCUGUGGCUGAGGACUGGAAGGUACUGGGCGCAAGUGAGGGGUGGUGCUAUUUGAGUUCUACGCGCUCCGUGGAGAUGCCCAGCAGGGGGUCGCGGCCCGAGGACAGCGCCGGGCUGUUCUCUGUAGACCACCCGACGCUACACAAGGAGGAUCUUAGCAGCAAGAUUAAAGAACAAAAAAUUGUUGUGGAUGAACUUUCUAACCUGAAGAAGAACAGGAAAGUAUAUAGGCAGCAACAGAACAGCAACAUAUUCUUUCUUGCAGACCGAACAGAAAUGCUUUCUGAAAGCAAAAAUAUACUGGAUGAACUGAAAAAAGAAUACCAAGAAAUAGAAAACUCAGAGAAGACCAAAAUCAAGAAAUAGUCAAUUUGAUUUCACACAACAAUGUGUGGCAUUUGUUGUUCUGUAAGCUUUUCUGUUGAGCGUUUCAACAAAGAUUUGAAAGAGGAUUUACUGUAUAAUCUUAACCGACGAGGACCCAAUUGUAGUAAACAGUUGGUAAAGUCUAGUGUUACCUACCAGUGUUUAUUUUCUGGUCAUGUCCUUCACUUGAGAGGUGUUUUGACUGCCCAGCCUGUGGAAGAUGAAAGGGGUGAUGUGUUCCUGUGGAAUGGAGAAGUCUUUAGUGGCAUAAAGGUCGAAGCUGAAGA